AUGUCUGUAUUGGGUAAAUUUAUUCUUCCGUCUGCCUUAACUUCAAGUGAAGAACUACUUGUCAACGAAUUCAACGAUUACAAGAAGCGUCUGAAAGAGUUAUCUCAUCAUAAAUCAGGAAAACGUAGUGGAAGUAAUUUGACAAAAAAUGAAGAAGAUGAGUUCAGUCAAACGACCACUGGUGGGACUGGCGGUAGUGGAAGCUCUUUGAAAAAUCCUGAACAAGCUAAAGAAGCAGCUAAAAAGCUUGUACAAAGCGGUAUUAUCAAAGUUCAAUCACAAACUAAAGAUCAAGGUUUCAAACGCGCAUCAACACUAUCAUCAUCAACUUCGUCAUCAAAUGAGAAAUCAAACAAGAAAAAUCGUUUGACGCCAUCCGCUCCGUCACCAAAUACAAACUAUUCAACAAAUCCAUUUGUCACGGCGAGUAGCACAACACCAAAAUUCUCUUCAACUGAUCCUAAAGAUCGUACAAUUCAUAUUCAAUGUAUUAACCAUCAACAACAAUUAUUAUCUGAUGCAUUAUCAAACAUAUUUUCACAUUAUGGCAAAAUUAUUGAUUUGCAAUUGAUAACAAAACAUCAGGCAACAAUUCUCUAUUCCUCGAGUGAUCAAGCUGAAAAAGCUGCACAUCUGAUGAAUGAUAAACAUGUAAAUGGUGUGCAAAUAAAAGUCACUUUAACUAAUUCAAUGCCGACAGAGAAUUUAGAAAAAUCAACCGCAUCGAACAUUGUAAAUCGACAACUUGUAAAUUAUAAUGAUACGGAAGAUUUGUUAUGA